CCUUAUUCUCCUACUGGUUUAAAUACAGUAAUUUUCCAGCCAACUUUAGGGACAAUUCAGUAAUUUGAGUAAAUAAUUUGCAUCUGUUUAAACUUUUAACAAAGAAAAAUCUCAUAAUGAAACAAUCAAACUUAUAGAAUCAAAUUAUGGCGCCAAUAAAUUCCUUAGAGAAAGAUCAUCCCCUUCUAGACUCCAGUUUCGAGUAUUUCUGUGCAUCUCACUCCAUUUUUACUGUUGAAGAUUUCCUAUUGCAAGACCUAACUGUAUUGGCUCAAUUAGCAGAGCAAGGGCCAAACUCCGAUAGAUUAAAACAGGGCAUAAACCAAGUGCUUUGUAUCAUAGAUAAGAAUCAUCACCAACCAUGGUCCAAUGGGAUGCAGUUUUUACAAGAUGCUUUACUCAAUAAGCAUGUUUUAUCCACUGGAUUUCAAGGGGUUGAUGCACUUAUUGGAGGUGGAUUGAGGGAAGGGCAGUUAACGGAAUUGGUUGGGCUUUCCUCAUCAGGUAAAACACAAGUUUGCCUACGAGUAGCUGCAAGUAUAGCAGAACAACACAUGGGUAGAGUUAUUUUCAUGGAUACAUGUAACUCGUUUUCGCCUCAGCGUAUUCAGCACUUUGUUGAUCAGAUCUCUGGUUCUGCGUUGACUGAGAUUAUGAGCAACAUAUUGUGCUGUCCUGUGUUCGAUAUCUUUUCAAUGUUUGAUGUGCUACAUCAGAUAGAAAUCAGUUUGAAGUCCCAGGGGCACAACGGAGAUCUUAAGGUGCGAUCACUAAUUGUUGAUUCUAUCUCGUCGUUGAUUACCCCAAUCCUCGGAGGUGGUGGUCCUCAAGGACAUGCUCUUAUGACAUCGGCUGGCAUUUUGCUGAAGAAGCUAGCACAUGAGCAUAAUAUUGCAGUAUUGGUGACCAAUCAUAUGGUGGCUGGAGAUGGAGGUAAUCUUAAACCCGCUUUGGGAGAGAGUUGGAAGAGCAUUCCACAUGUGAGGCUUCAGAUUUCCCGUGACUGUGAAAACAAUAUUCAUCACAUAAUUAUCCUGAAGCACCCUUCCCAAGCUUCUGGUAAGGCGACAAGAUUUAACGUUGAUGACUGAUUAUGAGAUUAUUUGUAAGAUUUUUGAAUUCUGAUUAAUUUGUAAGUUAGCAUCAUAGAUGAAGGUAAUUAGACAUAAUACAUUGUAGUUAGUGUGAAGCUGAGUCUGACCAAGACUAGAAUGAUCACACAAUUAAGAUUAGAAAACACUGUUAUUUUUCCUUUUCAUAAUAUUUAGCAUGGUACUUUUUUUGUGAUCUUUUA